AUGAUAAGCGCCAAACGGAACCUGCUGGUGGUUUUUCCGGGGGGUGGUUUCCCUUCAUUGGCACGUUCAGCAGGAUUGGUGGUGGACGCAUUGGGAAGGGGCAGUCAUCAUGGUGGACGGGGCGGUCAGUGCAAUUGUUUGAACGUGGAGAGUAGAGGACCGUCCUGGUUGGUGCCCCGAAGACACUUCGCCAUUGGCGUGUUCGAACGGAAGAAGCCUCAUAUGAAUAUUGGCACCAUUGGACAUGUGGACCACGGAAAGACUACCUUAACAGCAGCGAUAACAAAAGUGUGUGCAAAUUUAAACAGAGGUACAUUCAAGUCCUAUGAAGAAAUCGACAAGACUCCAGAAGAACAAAAGAGAGGAAUCACAAUAAAUGCCACUCAUGUAGAAUACGAAACAGAAAAAAGACAUUACAGUCAUAUAGAUUGCCCAGGACACUUAGAUUAUGUGAAGAAUAUGAUCACAGGUACUUCACAAAUGGAUGGGAGUAUCUUAGUGGUGUCUGCAUACGAUGGGUUAAUGCCACAGACGAAAGAACAUGUACUUCUGUCGAGGCAAAUAGGUAUUGAAAAAAUGAUUGUCUAUUUGAAUAAAAUGGACAUGUGUGAAGAUAAAGAGCUAGUCGAUUUAGUUGAAUUAGAAAUUAGGGAACUGUUAUCCUUUCACAAAUAUGAAGGAGAUAAUAUUCCUUUUAUUAAAGGGUCAGCUCUUAAAGCUUUAAAUGAUGAUCAGUCAGAGUAUGGAGUUCCUUCCAUCUUGAAGCUACUAGAUGCUUGUGAUAAUUAUAUUCAUGAACCCAAGAGGAAAAUGGAUUUACCAUUUCUCAUGAGCAUUGACGAUGUGUUGCAAAUCUCGGGCAAAGGGACAGUCGCCACAGGAAGAGUCGAGCAAGGAACUCUAAAACUUAAUGAUCCUGUGGAAAUCCUGGGCAUUAAAGAAAAGCCCAUUAAAACAGUUGUCACGGGUAUUGAAAUGUUUAGAAAAACGUUAGAUGCAGCUCAAGCUGGGGAUCAAAUUGGAGUCAUGUUGAAAAAUGUAAAAAGGAAUGACUUGUCUAGGGGGAUGGUAAUCACCAAGGUGCCUAACCUUAAGACAUACAAAUCGUUUGAAAGUGAUGUUUAUGUGUUGAAAAAUGAAGAGGGAGGUAGGAAAAAUCCAUUUGCUUCCUACUACAGACCACAGGCCUACAUACGAACGGCAGAUGUAAAUUGCGCAGUUAUUCUGAAUGAAGAUACGCAGGUCGCAAACCCAGGGGACAACAUCAAGUGCACCAUUGAGCUCAUGUACCCGCUCGCUCUGGCCAACGGGCUUCGCUUUUCCCUGCGCGAGGGCGGCAAGACCGUCGCCUCGGGCAUCAUCACGAAGGUCAUCUAG